CUUGAGUAGUAAAUAUGCUGAUUUACCAUAAAAGCAUCCAUAAAGAGAGGAAGCCAUAUCAAUGCAUGGAGUGUGGAAAGACCUUUACUUGUAGCAUUAAUCUUACCUCCCAGAAAAGGAUCCACACAGGCGAAAGAUCGUAUGAAUGCAUGGAGUGAAAGACUUUUACUUGCAGCAGUAAUCUUACUUCCCACAAAAGGAUCCACACAGGAGAAAGACCAUAUCAAUGUAUAGAGUGUGGAAAGACCCUUACUAGAAGCAGUAGUCUUAAUUCCCACAAAAGGAUCCACACAGAUAAGAGGCCAUUUAAAUGUGUGCACUGUGGAGAAGGCUUUAGAAGGAGUUGUGAUCUCACUUCCCAUAAGAGGAUCCAUAUGGAGGGGAAAGCGGGAACCAUAUGAAUGAAUGAAUAGAGUGUGGGGAGAGCUUUGCAAGGAGUAAUGUUCUUACUU